AUGAAUGGCGCAGGCGCAUCCUGCUCUUACACAUGUGCUUCGAGGCUCAGUUCGCCUGUUUGCAUACGGUCCUCUCGACGCAACAGUGUCCGUGUCUACGCAGUGAAUUAUGACCCCGAACAGCUCUUCAAACGGCCACCUGAGACAGGCCUCAUUUCACGGCGCAUGACGCAUAAAAUGAUGGAGCAAAACAAAGAUUUUGCAUCUCAAAUGCAACGCGCAAAGGACGAUAUCCGCCGCCAAGUCCUUACGCGUCGUGAGGCACGCAAUCCUCCCGAGGACCCCAUGGAGUUGGUCGAAUACAUGCUCAACACUGAGGCGGAGGACAUGGAAUUUGAGGUCGCGCGAUGCCGUCCCAAGCUGACGCCAGCGUUCUUCAAGCAGCUUGACUCCGUGAUAGGCGCCGAGCGUUUCGCAGCCAAGCCCGACCAGGAGCGCCUCGCGGAGCUGGAAACCCUGCGGCAGUACCUUGAGGAGGCAGUGGAGGCGGUAGAUAAGGCGGUUGUUAAGACGGCCAGCGCCGCGGAGCGGUUGAAGAAGCUGUUGACGGCGAAAGAUAAGAAGGAGACCAUCUUGGAGAUGGUCGCUGCCAAUGAGAUUGAUCAGGCGCUGGUGGACCUGUUGCAGCAAAACAUUGACGCUGCUAAAGCUGCGGAGCAGACGGCGCCUGCAGAGUUCAUGGAGAAGGUCAAAAUGGCGGUGUCCAAAUACCUGGUGACAGUUUGACCGGUUCACGGUGCAGCCACCUGUUUUGUGCGCCUGUUGAAAGCACGCAGAUUUGUCAUGUAUGCUGUUUGAAGGGUGGUGGUUGUUACCUAUUUGUUGUAGUCUGUUGAUUUAAAUAUGGCGCGCAAUCCUUGACGCCUGUAUAAUUUUUAUACUUCAGACGGUGCGGGCAACGCAAACCUUUUUUGGGUAGUUGUGUACGUUUGGCCCCCCCGGUGGACCUGUUACGUUGGUCCGUGCCGAAGGCCAGUGCAUAUUCGUCCGAUGGAUUUUUUGCUGGAUAAUCCUCAUAAGCUUUUAUGGUUUGCACACGUGGGAGGCAUAUAGGGGCCCGAAUGCCUAGGGAAAGAACCUAUGACGCAACGUAGACGCCUUUGUCGUACAGCAAUGUUUCGUAUGCACUCUGGAACCCUUUGUACUUCAACGAGCACU